GCAAUAAUGCUUACGCGCAUAGCCGACGAGUGCAUUCACUCUUAAGCGUGUCUCUCGCUUACAACGCACAACAAACCUAGAUACACAAUUUUGUAAAACUUAAAAAUAUUAAAGAGUGUGUGAUAUUAUUAAAACAAGACACGAGUGUUGUGUUCUACAAUAUAACUCAAGACUUAAACCUCUGUUCGAAGGUUAAUUUCAUCACUGACAAUGGACGCGACGAAUUCGCAUGCUCGUAGUAGGCACCAUGAACGGCGAGGAAGACGCCAUCGUCAACGCAGACAUAACCAACAGCCUCACAGCAAUGUACCAGAGCAACCCUCAAACUCUGUACCGUUCCACGAACGCGAAUUCGUGGAAAAUAAAAUGGGAUUACCGCCACCAUAUGAACAAUCGGUACCGAAUCCAGCUCCGCCUCCUUCGUACUUUGGCAACAAUCCACCACCGCCUGCUGGUUUCGUUGCUCCCGAAGCACCUCCGCGUACUACAGUGAUAACAUCACCCCAAGCACCGGCAGGGCCACCAGGAAAGCUAGGCCCAGGGCCAACGGGCACUACGUGUCAAACGUGCAACAAAACAGUAGUCACCAGAGUGGACUAUGUUCCAAAUAACAGAACACACAUUAUAUCGGCAGCUCUCUGUAUUUUAGCUGGAUGCUGUUGCGGGUGUUUCGUUCCGUAUUGCAUGAGAUCGUGUAAAACAGCCAAUCAUUACUGUCCUCAAUGUAAAGCAUUCGUCGGUGCUUUCACUCCAUCUUAGAUUUAUUUGUCAAAAAAUAUUCCUAGAUCAUUAUUCCGUAACACUUGUAAACUAGUUAAAUAUUUUCAUAUUGUCCUCGAAAUACAAGUUAAUUUUUGUAGGAUUUUGAUCUCGUUGAUUUGAAAAUAAAAGUUUUAAAGGUACGUUGUUAAAAACAAACAAGCUACUAAAGUUUGGCGGAUGUUUUUCUUCAUUUCCAAUAUCAUCGUAAAUAAGUUGGGUGCAAAUUAACUUUAUGCAAAUGUAAUUUAGGAAUAUGUAUUUUAAUUUUCGCACGUACACGUAUAGCAAGGCGUGCUGUGAAGUACGACAAUAACCUAAGAGCAGACUUUUGAGUGAUCUACACUGGCAAAAGUAUCAAAUUCCGUGACCGAAUUUUUUUCUUUCAAGUUUAAAACAAAAUAAUUUUCGGGAACAUGUCAAGUAACGAAUAUUACAUGAAAUGAAUGAAAUGAAUAUUACAACACUACUAUUUAACAGUGAGGUCCUCAUAUAGCCAAUUAAAUUUUAUUCUAUUAUUUAAUGCGUGGUUAUGAAUUAUCAUUAUUGUAGCGGUCGAAUUUUAUUUUAUUUAAAAGUAAGUAAAUUAUACCUUAGCCUUUAAUGGUUGGUUGGUUGGUUGGUUGGUUCAACGAAGAGGGAAUUAAUUGAAAUAAGAAUAAAAUUAAUGUAACAUUAUAAUAAUCCAUUAGUUAAGUGUUUGUUUAUUAUCUGUGAUACUAUUUCUCAGACAAUGUAAUUUUGUAACUGUCAUUUUAAAUAGAAUUUUUAGAUUUAUACAGAAUAAAUACAUUUGUUUA